AUGUACGGGAUGGAGUACUAAAUUAAGGAGGCGUGGCUAUGCUAGGAAGAAGAGAAGUCUUUCGGAAAGUGACUGGCAGUUGCAGGUCCGCCCUGCGCCUUGUCCGCGCGGCCAGCAGUCAGGCGGAGGUACCUCUCACUGCCGAGCACUAUGCCGUGAAGAGAGGAGACUACGCACAAUUGACAGAACUCGACGUUCAAGAGUUUCACUCGAUCCUGUCAGAAGGGGAGGGAGGAGGGGAGAGGGUAGUGAGUGACCCAGCUACCGUUGCACCCCAUAAUGUCGACUGGCUUCACAAUGUUCGAGGGCAGAGUCAACUUUUACUGCGCCCCCGUACCACGCGGGAGGUGUCCCGGAUCCUGGCCCACUGUAACAACAGGAGGUUAUGCAAUGAUUGUGAGUAACUGUGAGGUUUAUGCUCGUGAUUAUGCAGGCUGGCAGUGGUGCCUCAAGGAGGGAACACUGGGUGGCAGUGUUCCUGUGUUUGAUGAGAUAAUCCUGUCAACGUCGCUAAUGGACAAAGUCAUCAGUUUAGACCAAACGUCUGGAGUGCUGGUGUGUCAGUCUGGCUGUGUGCUAGAAACACUUUCCAACAUGCUGGAGGAGAAGGGGUUAAUAAUGCCCCUUGACCUCGGGGCAAAGGGAAGCUGCCAGAUAGGAGGCAACGUGUCGACCAAUGCUGGAGGCUUGAGGCUCCUCCGCUACGGAUCACUCCACGGGACUGUCCUGGGUCUGGAGGUGGUCCUAGCCGACGGAACUGUUCUCAAUGCCCUCUCCACUCUCCGCAAAGACAACACCGGCUACGACAUGAAGCAGCUGUUCAUUGGGUCAGAGGGUACACUGGGCGUGGUCACUGCCGUCUCGAUACUCACCCCACCCCUCCCCAACUCCACCAACGUUGCCUUCGUGGGGUGUGCGGGGUUCACAGAGGUCAGGGAGGUUUACACCAAGGCCAAGACCAUGCUUGGAGAGAUCCUGUCAGCUGUUGAGUUCAUGGACGGAGAGGUCCUGGACAUUGUGCUGACUCAGCUCCCACUCCACAGCCCUCUCUCCUCCUCCCACCCGUUCUACGUCCUGGUGGAGACUUCCGGCUCACAUGACCAACACGACAAGGAGAAAUUGGAUGGGUUUCUGGAGGAAGUGAUGUCCAAAGGACUCAUAGAAGAUGGAACUGUUGCCCCUGACAUUAGCAAGCAACGAGCAAUAUGGGCCGUGCGGGAAAUGGCUGCAGAGGCUCUAGUGAGAGCAGGUGUCACUUACACCGUAAGGGAACACUCUCUCUAUUGAAGUGACCUCGUAUCUCACCACUGUAAUAUGUACAAUAAUCUGCUCCCUGCUCCCAAUCUGUUCCCUGCUCCCAAGUAUGACAUAUCUCUACCGCUGGAUGUACUGUAUGACCUGGUGCUGGACGUGAGGGAGAGAUGUGCUCACCUAGCACUCUGUACCGUAGGAUUCGGACACAUCGGAGACGGUAACCUCCAUCUGAACGUGGUGGGUGAGACACACUCUCAUGAGCUCAAAGAGUGUAUCGAGCCAUUCAUCUUUGACUGGACAGCGCGACAUGGAGGCAGUGUGUCGGCCGAGCACGGGCUGGGGUUCAUGAAGGCCAAGUACAUCUACCACUCCAGGUCCAGAGAGACGGUACUGUGGAUGAAGAAACUCAAACAGCUCUUUGAUCCAAAUGGAAUACUGAAUCCUUACAAGACUCUGCCUCCAAAUUGACUUUUGCUUGACAUGAUUGGGAUGGUUGUAUGGAGGUGUGGUCUUGCCACUGAUCAUGGCAGUAAAUCCAUUAGUGUUCCGAUUAUGUCAUUAUUUUUUGGAAGGAAUACCGAGUCCUUAUGAGACACACUACCUUCAUUUUUGUGCUACUUCUAAUGUGUAUUUGUGUUUUGUGUAGUUUUCAUGUAUAUUAAAAAUGCA